CACAAUCCCGGAAAUGGGCGCGUGACGUAUAUUUGAAAUUUCAGCGCUGAAAAAGUUUGUUGUGUGUAAAUCGUUGCGAGCUGCAUUGCGGCGUUUUGAACACUAUCGACGCUUGCUGAGUCCACACAGUUGAGUAGGAAUGUCGUUUUCAAGAGCGCCUUUGAAAAGGUUCAACGAAUCUGUCAGUUGCGCCCCUCCACCUGGCAUAUACGACAUCAAACCUGGGGAACCGAAGGGAGCUGCGUCCUUUGACAAGUCGGACCGCUUUAGACACCCCAAGGCGGUGAACCCAUUAUCACCCUGUAAAGAUGCGUUGAUGUCUCCUGUCAGAAGGACACAAUCAGUUGAUGGACUUGUUGAAGGAUCGAGUGCGAAGAAAGACAAAAAUGCCAUGACUUUGGAAAGGAAACAACACCGACUGUUGGAGAAAGAGAUCCGCUGUCUGGUCCAGCAGCGAGGGGAGCAGGAUCGGCGCUUGUUAUCCCUGGAGGAGGACUGUAAAAAGGUGGAAGCCAAGCUGUUGGCUGCAGUCAGAGAGAAGACGGGCCUCACUGCCAACAUCACCACCCUUGAGAGACAGAAAGCUGAGCUCAAGAAAGUCAACGAGUUCUUAAAAAACAAGGUUUCAGCUGACACAACAAAAAAGAGGAUCAACUCUCUUACAAUGGAGCUGAUGGAGGCCAGGAACAAUUUAGACGUAAAAAAUAAGGAGAUACAUUUUCUGCAGCUCAGCAGUGAAGGACACCUCAAGGUGUUAGAAACAGAUCUCAGAGCUAGUAAAGACACUCUCCAGGCUUUAAAAGACAGAAACAAAGACUUGGAGGACAUCCAUCAUGUGACAAAAACCCAAAAUGAGGAGUUGGAACAGGAGAAUGCCAGAUUACACGCUGAGAUAAGGGAGCUGAAAGAGGAAGUUCGUGUUCUACAGGGAUAUCUAGACACAGCCAAUGAUCAAAUCCAGGAUCUCCGCCUAAAGCUUCAAGAGACAAAUCAGCAAGAGAUUGUCUCUGAUUCACAGCUGCAGAACAUGAAGCACCUAGAAAAGGAAUUAGAGCAGUGCAGCACAAAGCUUGAAAGCACUGAACUUGAACUGAGGGAAAAAGAAGAAGAGGCGCUGAAAUAUCAGCAAAAGCUGCAGGCUUCAAAGGAGGCUUUAUCGGAAGUGGAGAGCAAGUUGGCAAGCCAAGAGUUGUCUUCACAAAAGUUGGUGAGUGACUUGGAGGUGCAAUUGAUAUUCUCUAACCGAGAGGUCAAGGACUCUCAAACAGUAGUUUGCCUGCAGGAUGCUGACCUUGUUCGGUUACGGGAGGUGCUCAGGAAGACCGAAAAAGAGCUAGAUGAGCGAGUGGCACAACUUGAACAGAGAUGUCUGUUUUCUGCAGAAGAAAGAAACAAAACUCUGGAGGAGGGUUUACGGAGAGUGAAAGAGUUAAAAACAGAGCUCACUAUGCUGAAGGACACAAAUCUAGAUGAUAAAAAGAAGCAGAUUAAACUCCAACAUGAUCAUGCUUCUCUCAACGAGGAACUGGCAAAAGAAAGGGCUCUGGUGGACAGUCUAUCUGUGCUGCUGGAUCAAGAGAGGCAGGAAUCAGAGGAGCGCCUGAGUAAGCUGAAGGAGGAGUUGGAGGAGGUGCUGGGAGAGCUGGCUCUCAUGGAAGAACAGGAGCAGCGACGAGCAGAGUCAAUGGAACAGAGUCAGGAAGCCCUGCAGAGGCUCCAGGAGGAAAAUACUGAGAUGGAGAGACAACUGAGUGACACGAGAGAUCUCUUGAACCGUAGGAGCAGUGACAUGGCAUCUUUAGGAGAGGAGCAUUCAGUCGCCAUGACAAAACUCCAAGAGGCGCACACAAGCUCACUGAACAAAAUUGAAGAGCUGGCUACAGAGCUGGAAAGCACUAAAGAGGCUCUGAGGGUCACAGAAGAGAGACACAUACACCUGGAGAAGGAGAUGAACAAAGGGACUCAGCAAAUUAGGGAGGAGUUUGGCAAUGUGAUUCAGCAAAAAGAUGAGGAGAUCAAGAGUAAAAGUGAGGCGCUGGAGCAGUACCAGGGGAAACAGAUUGAUGAACAGAAAGCCAAAGAGGAGAAUUUACGAGUUUUGCUGGAGCUACAAGCUCGCCUCUCUCAAAGAGAUGAGGAGAUGCAAGCCUUGGAGGUCAGCCAUGCUGCAAGAGUCGGUCAGUUAGAGCAGGAACUCAAGCAUCUGACAAAAGACAAGAAAGAGGUGCUGAGGCAAGUAGAAGAACAAAAAAGCCAGGAAGUUGCUGAGCUCCGUCAUGAGAGGGAAAUGUCCCAGAAACAGCUCGAGGAGGUCCACCAGGAAAAGGUAAAGAUAAUGGAACAACUACUGCAGGAUAAAGAAGAGAAAAAUAAAUAUCUGGCAGCGCUUCAGGCAGAAUGUGCAGCACGGGAAGCUGAAACUAAAGACCACCAACAGCUCAGGUCAAAGGUGCUUGAAUUCCAGACUGAGCUCGAGAGAAUAGGCGAGGAAAGAAGUCGACUUGUUUCUCAAGUCGAACUUUCCAACCAAUCAGAGCUUGUACUUAAACUUCAAGUGGAGACCGUAGAGCAAGACAGGCAUCGCCUUCAGACUCAAUUGGAUGAACUUCAGCUUAAAAGUGUAACCCUUGAAGCUCAAUUAGCCCUCAUGGAGGAGAAAAUGGAGGCUCUGCAGCGUGAAGUGGUCGACCAUCACCAAGAGCGACACAAUCUGCAGCAGCAGGUGAAAAUGCUUACUCAGGAAAAGGUCACACUACAGUGGGAGAUGGAUGAGCAGGCAAAGGAGCUCGCGAAACAAAUAACUGAAGCACAGGAAAACAACAUCGCAACGUCCGAGGCAGAACGCUGGAGGACCCAGUAUGAGGAACUGUUUUCUACGGUCAAACCCUUCCAGGAGCAGUUAAAUUCAUUUGCAGCAGAGCGCAAUGCUCUCCUCAAUGAAAAUGGAGCAAACCAGGAGGAGCUAAACAGACUGGCAGAUGCCUACGCACGUCUGCUGGGGCACCAGAACCAGAAACAGAAGAUUAAACAUGUGAUGAAGCUCAAAGAGGACAACCUGAACCUAAAACAGGAGGUGUUGAAGCUUCGCUCCCAGGUUAGCCGUCAAAAGAGUGAUCUGGAUCAACUCAAGUCGAAGCUCCCCGGUGGUUGCGAGCGUAAGUUUGAUCCCAGCAAAGCGUUCCAACACAAUAAGGAGAACAGGCAUGCUGAGACGCCUCUGAAAGACGAAAAUCGCACAUUGGGGAGAUUCUACUAGUCGAGAACCGUAAUUACAGAAUCUUUUUUUUAACAGUUGCCUUUUGCUUGAAAUGAUCAUUUAAAGUAGUUUAAAAUAAAUGUUUAAUACGUUUGUAUGAAAACGAAUAACACAUUUUAAAGUCAUAGUUUUGGAGCAAAAAAUAGCCAUACAUGCUAAGUACCUAGCAGGAGUAGACAACUAUGUGGUAUUUUUGGGUUGCAAAUAUUCAUCUGUAAAUAAAGUGAUCUUUUAAACAUUA